CAGAAGCCAAGCAAAUGGAUUACCAAAACAACUGGUGGUCAGGUUAAGGCUUAAGUGGGACUCACACUGGAAGCAGCAGAGGUGAUGGUAUUGCUGGGCUGGGCUUGGCUUUCAGGAGCUGGGUGUUGGAGGGUGGGAUGGCUUAUCUCUGUGGCUCCCAGGAUAGCCCAGUGUGCUGCUGCUGCUGCUCCUGCUCUUCUGGCCAGCAGUGCUGCUUUAGUUUCUUCUGAGGCCUGAGAGCAAGGCCAGGACAUGGUGUUCAGGAUACCACAGCCAUUUUGCCUUGGAUAACCAGCAUCACCUGGGGCAUUAGGACUCUUGGAAAUUUUCCACUUGUGUUUCAUAGUCAUGGGAGAAUUUCCAGCCAAGACUUUUCCUGCUCACGGAUAGGCAAAGCAGAGACCUCCCACCCCAGCUGCAGCAGCAGGCGGGACCCAGCUAGCUGCUCUUACACUGACUCAGCUCAGCCUCCUGGGCAGCAGGCAGUAUCUGGCUGGAGCAGGUCGUCUGUGUGGCAAUCUCAGGAGUCGUCAUGGAGCCUCCAGCGCCAGGCUCAGCCGAAAUGCCACGCCAAUUCCCCAAGCUGAGCAUCUCAGAAGUGGAUGAGCAAGUUCGACUCCUGGCGGAGAAAGUAUUUGCUAAAGUGCUCAGAGAGGAGGACAGCAAAGAUGCCCUCUCCCUCUUCACCGUGCCUGAGGACUGUCCCAUUGGGCAGAAGGAAGCCAAGGAGCGGGAGCUGCAGAAGGAACUGGCUGAGCAGAAGUCUGUGGAAACUGCUAAAAGAAAGAAAAGUUUCAAAAUGAUCCGGUCUCAGUCCCUGUCUCUGCAAAUGCCGGUGCAGCAAGACUGGAAGGGUCCCCCAGUGGCCAGCCCGGCCCUGUCUCCUGCUGCCCCUGUCCCCGGAGCCACUUCCCAGAUCACACCAGCGCCCUACGCUAUGCCUGAGUAUCAGCGGGUCACCAUCAGUGGAGAUUACUGUGCUGGGAUUACUGUGGAGGACUAUGAGCAGGCGGCCAAGAGCCUGGCCAAGGCCCUGGUGAUCCGGGAGAAGUAUGCACGCCUUGCUUACCAUCGCUUCCCCAGGACCACAGCCCAGUACCUGGGUCAUCGGCGAGCUGACCCUGCCCUCCCAGAAGAAGUCCUCCCAGACUUCCACCCUCCACCUCAGCCCCAGGAAGACCCUUACUGCCUGGAGGGUGCACCCCCCAACUUGGGCUACCUGGUCCGAAUGCAGGAGGGCAUCCUCUUUGUGUAUGACAAUGAGAAGAUGCUGGAGCGCCAGGAGCCCCACAGCCUCCCCUACCCCGACCUGGAGACCUACACUGUGGACAUGAGCCACAUCCUGGCGCUCAUCACAGAUGGCCCCACGAAAACCUAUUGUCACCGGCGAUUGAACUUUCUAGAAUCCAAGUUCAGCCUUCAUGAGAUGUUAAAUGAAAUGUCUGAGUUCAAAGAGUUGAAAAGUAACCCUCACCGAGACUUCUACAAUGUGAGAAAGGUGGACACGCACAUCCACGCAGCAGCCUGCAUGAACCAGAAGCACUUGCUGCGUUUCAUCAAACACACAUACCAGACGGAGCCCGACAGGACUGUGGCUAAGAAGCUAGGCCGGAAGAUCACGCUUCGGCAGGUGUUUGACAGCCUGCACAUGGACCCCUACGACCUCACUGUGGAUUCACUGGACGUCCACGCAGGUCGGCAGACAUUCCAUCGAUUUGACAAGUUCAACUCCAAAUACAACCCUGUGGGGGCCAGUGAGCUGCGUGACUUGUAUUUGAAGACUGAAAACUACCUAGGCGGAGAGUACUUUGCUCGAAUGGUCAAGGAGGUGGCCCGGGAGCUAGAAGAGAGCAAGUACCAGUACUCAGAGCCACGCCUUUCCAUCUAUGGCCGAAGUCCCGAAGAAUGGCCCAACCUAGCCCGAUGGUUUAUCCAGCACAAGGUCUACUCACCCAACAUGCGCUGGAUCAUCCAGGUGCCCCGGAUCUAUGACAUAUUUAGGUCAAAGAAGCUACUGCCAAACUUUGGGAAGAUGCUGGAGAACAUCUUUCUGCCUCUUUUCAAGGCCACAAUCAACCCCCAAGAUCACCGGGAGCUUCACCUGUUCCUCAAAUACGUAACAGGGUUCGACAGCGUGGAUGAUGAGUCUAAGCACAGUGACCACAUGUUCUCAGAAAAGAGCCCCAGCCCAGACAUCUGGACCAGCGAGCAGAACCCCCCGUACAGCUACUACCUGUACUACAUGUAUGCCAACAUCAUGGUGCUCAACAACCUCCGCAGAGAGCGAGGCCUGAGCACAUUUCUGUUCCGGCCUCACUGUGGGGAGGCUGGCUCCAUCACCCACCUGGUAUCUGCCUUCCUAACUGCUGACAACAUUUCCCAUGGACUACUCCUCAAGAAGAGUCCGGUAUUGCAGUAUCUCUACUACCUUGCUCAGAUCCCCAUUGCCAUGUCUCCUCUUAGCAACAACAGCCUAUUCCUGGAAUAUUCUAAGAACCCUCUUCGGGAAUUCCUGCACAAGGGACUGCACGUUUCUCUCUCCACCGACGACCCCAUGCAGUUCCACUACACCAAGGAAGCACUGAUGGAGGAAUAUGCCAUUGCAGCACAAGUAUGGAAGCUGAGCACGUGUGACCUGUGUGAGAUUGCCAGGAACAGUGUGCUGCAGAGCGGCCUCUCACAUCAGGAAAAACAGAAGUUUUUGGGAGAGAACUAUUAUAAAGAAGGACCUGAAGGAAACGACAUCCGAAAGACAAAUGUGGCUCAGAUUCGGAUGGCAUUCCGAUACGAGACUUUAUGCAAUGAGCUUAGCUUCCUGUCUGAUGCCAUGAAAUCUGAAGAGAUCACAGCCCUGACCAAAUAGGUCCAUCAUUCAACAUGCACAUUCACUUUUUGGUUUAAUUUCAGGUCUGUGGGGGCUAGUGGACAAGAUACCAAGAUAGGACUUUCUCUGUGAAGAGAAGCCUCUGAAGAAGUUUCUAACUUGUGAUUUGCACUGCUCACUUU